AUGGAACGUGAUGAUACCGGUGCGUACCCUAUUGACCAGAACUAUGCUUCUGAGUGUGGUUACACAUAUACCUAUGAAGUGAGCGGACGCGCGGCCCUCAGGGCCUCCUACCUGUCUUGCCACACUACCAAACGGAAUGAUGAGGCCUUUGUCCUCAGGUUCAACCUGAUCACAGUGGAUGACAGUGGCAGCGAGACCCCCUCUGCUGUCUCUCAAACCUGCUCACUGCCACUGCCCUGGUCCCCCAGGGAGGUCAUCUGUGAGCAGAACUACAUUGAGGUCACUGUGAGAAGAGAUGUACCAUGUACACCCAGUGGGGGAACCUCCAAAGAAGUCUGGAAUGCUGCCCUUUCUGUGGCCUACACGUCUGCCUCGCCUGCUUGGCAGGUGAUAUUCCUGAAGGAGGAUGAACUUGUGACCCCCAUGCCCAUCAGUGAAGCCCGUCUACUAGGCUAUGUAAUGAGUGCCACUGCAGAGAGGAUUGUAUUUCGUGCAGGUUACGGACAGCCCCACUCUACAAUAAAAAUGAUGAAUGGAAUUCCUGUUGAAGUUCUCCAUGCAACGGUAUUCUUCCGGCAGAAAUGGAUGGUGGUGAUGAUGGACAUAGUCGCAGCUUGCACCUUAAAUGCUGGCUCAUUUGAUGGUUUUAACCUAAUAUGGGAGACUCCCACGGUCAUGGCCCCACUGAUCUACAACCACUCUGCAUUUAUCAGCGAACAGAUCCGCAUGGGCGUGGAGGCCCAGUUCCUGGAUGAAUCCACCAUCAGGGAAAGGGGUUACACACUAGAUUAUGGGGAGACCACAGUGCAGAUCAGUGUCCCCUAUGCUGCCAGGGGAGGGUACAGAAGGAGCAUGGUGCUGCACAAUACCUACCAUGAGUCUUAUUUCAUCAACUUGUACUAUGAGCAUGUGUUUGUUGAUGGGAGCGGCAUUGCCACCAGGUUACGGCAGGUUUGGAACCUCAUCAGUCCUCUGCAGUAUCAACAUCCGUUCACCAUUGACCAAACUGUUCUUGAGGAGCGUGUCUUCACUGUGUACCUGGGCGUCUUCCCUUUUGAUGUGGCCCUGGUCGCUCUAACCCUCAAUGGAGAGCCCUUCACAGUGGCUGAGGCAAUUCAGAGUGGCUACCCAAUCACGGAGGUGCCUCACGCUAAUGGGACCCACGCUUAUGUCCUCAGGGUUCCCUUUGAGGAUCCAAUCAUUCCCAAGAUGUACUUCACUGAGGGGAUUCUUCAGUACUCCUUGGACAUCAACUAUACUCUGAACAUCAUGCCUCAGGAAGACCCCUAUUACCAUUCAGCUUCUGUUGUGGCGAAGAUCAAGGAUGUCUUCCCUCCUGACUUCAAUGGUGUCUGCACUGAAACGGGUAUCAUUUUCAAGAUGGACCACCAAAAAAUGGGGCACUUGUGGGAGAUUGGGAUCGGGCAUCACCCACUUACCCCUGAGCUGGCAGUGCAGCGUGGUUACAUCCUACAGAAUGAUAGCCGGAGCUUGACCUUGGAAGUGCCAGUGUUUACCAUCGGCUAUAUCUAUGAGGAUAUUACCCUGCAGCAGUUCUUUGGCACAUUUGAACUCCUUUCAAGGGAUGCCAAGACGCUGGAAAUCCAAAAGUCAACUGCAAAGCGAUGCCUCUUUAAAACUGAUGAGCUCAUAGUGUGUUCAACGGAUGGCAUUAUGACGGUCGUGGCCAGUAUGGCUUGGGCCUUGCCAGCAGCAGAUCCAAACAGAGCCACUCUGCUGGACCCUUCCUGCAAACUUAAAGACACUGACGGAACCAGAGUUCUCUUCGCCUUUGGGGUGAACACAUGUGGGACCAGGGUCAUGGUUGAUGACAGCUACGUGAUUUAUGAGAAUGAGAUCCAGGUUAACAUUGGGUUUACACCAGAGAGCACACCUGUUAUCACCAGGGAUGCUGAUUUCAGAUUAACCAUACAAUGCUACUAUCAAGCUUAUGACAUCAACAGAUUGUUUGUGGACCGGAAGUUCAAGUCUGAGACACCUGGAUUUGGCUCGAUCAUCCAGGCCUCAAGCUCCCCUGUAAAACACAUUCCGCAGAGGGUCGCCCCUACCCCGGGCCGUGUCGCUCUGCCCAGGGUCGCCCCUACCCCGGGCCGUGUCGCUCCACAGAGGGUUGUCCCUACCCCCAGCCAUGUCACGCCACAGAGUGUUCCCCCUGCUACCAGUAGUGUUGUCAAAAAGCCAAUGGUUCCACCCACCCUUGAGCCCGUUAAAUAUGUUUUUGAGUCAUGUCAGCUCAACACCCCUCGCCCGAUCAUGUCUGUCCGGCCAGCCAUGCCCCCCGAGCCAGACCCUUUCAGAACCAGACCCUGUCCCACCCGGGAUCUGGGCUCUGAGCUGUGGACAUGGGACCACUUAUACGACCCCUUAGCCAGGAGGCCCGAAAAUAUCCAGAGACAAACAGUAGAGAUCAUCCAGGUGUCCCCGGAGGAGGACCAAGCUAUUACCAACCUUUUGAAGCUGCACUAUCAUGCUUCAGGUGACGCACUGGGGAGGGGUACAGCUGCAGAUCAUGGACCCCUCAGUCAGCCAGGUCAGAUCCCAGCCCAACCUUCAGAACCUGUCCAAAACCUCGCAGGGGGUGUCCUGCCACUGGCAUCUGUGCUGGAGAGUGAGUCCACAGAGAGGCCUGAGGUGGAGCUAGAAACCGCCAACAUCCUGCUCACUCUGGAGGACAUGGGGACUACCCCCGAGGAGGUGGAACCUCUGAGUCCCACCCACACUGAGGUGGAGCUUCCGAGUCCCGCCCACACUGAGGUGGAGCCUCCGAGUCUCGCCCACGCUGAGGCGGAGCCUCCGAGCCCAGUCCACACUGAGGCAGAGCCUCCAAGCCCCGCCCACACUGUGAUGGAGCCUGCGAGUCCCGCCCACACUGAGGCGGAGCCUCCGAAUCCCGCCCACACUGAGGUGGAGCCUCUGAGUCCCGCCCACACUAAGGUGGCGCCUCUGAGUCCCGCCCAAGGAGAUCCCGGAGCACAGAAUGCUGAGAAUCAGGGCCACCACUUGCCUGCUGGGCAGGGUGUGCUGCCCUCGUAUGGAGGGAAACUGAAUGGCAUGUGUCAAAAAGACACUGGUCACAGACCACAGGAUGGCUUGGACAGCAAGUGGUCCCACGGUAGCUCACCAACUCCAUGUAUGGGACAGAGCGUGUCCUUGAGGCAGUGGGACACGGGGCAGGGUGGGUUCAGGGGGGCGUGGCCCUUGAGCAAGGAAAGCUGCUCAGAUUUGGAGGAGACUGCUGCCUAUGCUCUGCUUGAACUCAGUGAGCAGAGAGAGGAGGCUCCUCACUCCCAGGGGAUGUAG